UUUCUCUCGGAAAUGCAAGCUGAAUUCUGGAAAACUGUUGAUGCAACAAUCAAUCGGAUUAUAUGGCGUGAAGUGACCAGCGUGGCUGAUAAGCAUAUGAGAAAAGGAAUAGCCAAAUUUCUUGCUGCAUAUCUGUUAACUGCAGAGAAUAUAAACAAUUUAAAAAUACAAGGAAUUGCAAGUGAAGCAACGUCGUUAGCAAAUCAAAGGCUUCUAAGUGCCGCUGGAUAUCAGAAGUUGUUAGAGCGAAAACAUAGCGAUUAUUUAGACAAAAAUGGAAAAAGAAUAUUUUUUUGCGAUGAUGGAACAGACAGAAUAAUUGUUUUCUUUAAAAAACUCUAA